UUCAAAAUAUCUUGCACUUAUUUAAACUCAUCAUGAGCCUAUGGUUUAGAAAGCAAAUGUUCUGAAACACAGAAAACAAAACAAAACAAAAAAUGGAGCACGAGAUUCCCGUAGGGUUUCGUUUCUAUCCGACGGAAGUUGAGCUGAUUUCGUUCUACUUAAGAUUCCAGCUUAACGGAGGAAAUGCUACCAUUCACAGUCUCAUACCCAUUCUCGAUGUGUUUAGCGUUGAGCCUACUCAGCUUCCAAAUCUUGCGGGAGAGAGGUGUCGAGGAGACGCAGAACAAUGGCUUUUCUUCGUGCCAAGACAAGAGCGGGAAGCUAGAGGAGGAAGACCGAGCAGGACCACUGGUUUAGGAUAUUGGAAAGCAACUGGUUCACCAGGGCCUGUUUUCUCGCCUGAUAAUCGUGUAAUCGGAGUUAAGAAGACGAUGGUUUUCUACAUCGGGAAAGCACCUACGGGGAGAAAGACAAAAUGGAAAAUGAAUGAAUAUAAAGGAAUUGACGAAACAGCCAGUGUAUCUACCAUCCCUAAGUUGAGGCACGAAUUCAGUGUCUGUCGAAUCUACAUAAAAUCCGGAAGCUCGAGAGCCUUUGACAGACGCCCCACGGAAGUUUAUGCCAUAGAGAGAAAGCUUCCUCGAUUUGGAAUUGAGACAUCAUCUCGUGCUACUGCUACACGAAGAACCUCUGAGAUGGUUGAUGGGCUAUCACAACUCCGAGAGAGAAAGCUUCCUAAGAAUAGUGUUGAGACAUCAUCAUAUGAUACAUUCACAACCUCACAGGAAACAUCAAAUUCAGGAGGAGGAGACCAAGUUCAGUUGCCCGUGAAUGCUUCUACUACACAAACCAUUUCAGAGAUGGUUGAUGGGCUAUCACAACCUUUUUGGGAGUGGGAACAACUAAAUUGGUCUUAAACCUAGUACCUUGCAUCUUAUACCUACUCUAUGACCUCUAUUUUUAGUUGAUAAAUAUUCUAGACUAGGGUUGAUCCGUGAUUCAUGCAGUGAACUUAUUUUUAUUAAAUAUUUUAAACACUUGAUUUUAUUUUGAAAUGCUUCAUUAUAUAUUGUAUUUGAAUCAUUAUUUGCGUGAUUUAUUUUCUUUAUUUUAUCA